GGCAGAGCCGGGCCGCUACCCUGGACAGCGCCUCACAGCCGCGGCGCCAUGGAGCACCUGAAAGCUUUUGACCAGGAAGUAAAUGCAUUUGUGGACUAUAUGUUUGGACCUCGAGAUGCCAGAGUUAGAGGAUGGCUCCUUUUGGACUCUUACCUUCCCACCUUUUUCCUCACCGUCGCAUACCUGCUCUGCAUAUGGCUGGGCAACAAGUUCAUGAAGAAUAGGCAGCCCUUCUCUCUUAAGGCUCACCUCAUUGUAUAUAACCUUGGGAUUACGCUGCUCUCCUUGUAUAUGCUCAUAGAGCUCAUCCUUGCCACGUGGGAAGGAGGCUACAACUUGCAGUGCCAGAACCUCCACAGUGCUGGGGAGGCUGACAUCCGGGUAGCCAAGGUGCUAUGGUGGUACUAUUUUUCUAAAGUAAUUGAAUUUGCAGACACAAUCUUCUUCGUACUGAGGAAGAAAAGCAGCCAGAUCACUUUCCUCCAUGUGUAUCACCAUGCCACGAUGUUUAACAUUUGGUGGUGUGUUCUGAACUGGAUACCAUGUGGACAAAGUUUCUUUGGACCCACUUUGAAUAGCUUUAUCCAUGUGCUCAUGUACUCCUAUUAUGGACUGUCAGUCAUCCCUUCUAUGCGAAAGUAUCUGUGGUGGAAGAAAUACCUCACUCAGGCACAGCUGAUCCAAUUUCUGCUCACCAUUGUGCACACGCUCAGUGCAGCUGUGAAGCCAUGUGGGUUUCCCUUUGGCUGCCUCAUGUUCCAGUCUUCCUACAUGGCCACACUGGUCAUCCUCUUCGUUAACUUUUACAUUAAGACAUACCAGAAAGCACCUUCAAGAACAGCUGCAAAGGAAACCCCCGUCACAACAGAAGUCAAGAAUGGAUACCAUAAGAACUACUUUGCUGCUUCAAAUGGAUUCCUGAGCAAUAAGAAAGCACAAUAAGUAUAGAGCUUCCUGGGAUCUUUUUUUUUUUCCUAAGAAAAAACAGAAAACAAAAACAAAGCAAGAGACUGAAUUACAGGCUUUAGCUUAAAACCUAUUUGAUUACACCCAUUGGUUAUUUGUACCAGACACUCAUUAAUUUACUGCUAUUUAAGUUUUAACAAAAUGAGUAAGUUUAUUUGUCCUGUCAAAGAACACCAUCAGAACAAUAAGGCCAACAUCUUUCUCACACGAAAAAGAAAAUACUUCUGAUUUGUACUGCUGGCACAAAAAUGCCUUAGAAGCCACUGGAUGGAAACAUUCAGAGUCUUCAAAAGGUUAGGGCUCUGCUUGACUGACACCUUGACCACUUUAUCCUAUCAAGACAGACUGAGGAAGUAGGACUUGUUCAGCACAGAGAAGAGGAGGUGCCGAGGAGACCUUACUGGGGCCUGCCAGUACUUGAAGGGAGCUUAUAAGGAGGAGGGAGACUGACUUCUUACAUGGUCUGAUACUGAUAGGACAAGGGGGAAUGGUUUUAAACUAUAAGAGGGGAAAUACUGAUUAGUUAUUAGGAAGGAACUCUUCACUAAGAAGUAGGUGAAGCACUGGCACAGCUGCCCAGAGAGGUUGUGGAUACCCCAUCACUGGAUGUGCUCAAGGCCAGGUUGGAUGGGGCCCUGGGCAGCAUGAGCUGGUGGGUGGCAGUCCUGCCCAUGGCAGAGGGAUGGAACUAGAUGAUGCAUAAGCUCUCAUCCAACCCAAGCCAUUCUAUGAUCAAUGGAUUUUGGAAUAAAUUGGAGCUCAGCAACUCAGAGAAGAUAAGUUCUUUGAGUGUCAGUGUGCACAAAGUUGACCAUAUGCAAACACUUAAUCUGAAGCAAAAAAAAGUGUGCUAGAUAUUCACAAAAGAUACAGAAAGUGUUCAAAGUAAACCUCAAAAGGAGCCACAUACAUCAUAAAGGAAUUCCUGCACUUUCUACACUAGGGGAAGCAAAUCAAUUUCCAGCCUGCAGUAGUGAUGCUGCGUCUCACAAAAAAAGCCAGUCACCAGUUCUGCUGCUUCAAUUGGCUAUGUUUACUUCCCACUUAAGUGACUACAAAUUAAAAACAGCUUAGGUUAGCUUUGGGAACCUUUGCUGUGCCCUUUUCUAACCUAGUCCCCUUCAAAAUCUCCAACAAAGUAGCCACAGCCUCUUGUCCGUCCCCUUUUCCGCAGUGAAAUAGUUGUGGGCUCCUCCAGCCUAGUGUAUUUAAGUUCUCUCCACAAAAACCCCUUUGUGGUCACGACAGUCCUCCCAUCACUGAUGGGAUCCUAGCAAGGAAGGAAAGGAACCACGCAUGCAAAACCAUAAAAUAUAACAAAAUAUAGAAUACCCUGAAUUAGAAAGGACCAUAAGACCAUAAGCAAUCCCAAGUCUUAUGAGGAAUAGCUGAGGGAAAUUAGAUUGUUCAGUCUGGAGGAGACUGAGGGGAGACCUAAUCACUCUCUACAGUGACCUGAAGGGAGGUUGCAGUGAGGUGGGGGAGGAUCUCCCAAGGUAACUAGUGAUAGGAUGAGAGGUAAUAGCCUCAAGUUGUACCAGGGGAGGUUCAGGUUGCAUAUUCAGAAGAGUUUCUUCUCAAUAUGAGUGGUGACUGGCACAGGCUACCCAGUGCGUUGGUGGAGCCACAGUACCUGGAGAUAUUCAAGAAAUGUGUGGAUGUGUCACUAAGAGACAUGGUUAAGAGGCGUGGUAGGGAAGGGUUGGCAGUUGGACUAGAUUAUCUUAGAGGUCUUCUCCAACCUUAAUGAUUCUCUGAGGAUCAAGUCCAACUCCUGACUACGAAAAGCCAUCCAAAAAUCAGACCAUGUGUCUGAGAGCCUACACAGAGAACCAAACCCACACGGAGAGGAAGCAUUCCAUCAAGUCCUGCUCCUCUGAUCCUUCUCUUCAUCUCAAGCCCUUGAGCUGAUCUUCCACUGUGGGGGUCUUGGAGACAGUAGGUGCAAAAGGAGGAAGCCUUGUCCCAGAACUGGGACUGCAUGCAUGGCUGCAGCCACAAUAAGAGCUUGUGGAGAGCAAGGAAAGGGCAUAAGGAAGUCAUACAGGCUGGGGGAAGAACAGAUGUUUGACCAGCAGAAACUUCCAACUUCUGCAGAUGUCAGUUUGAUACAAGAAGCACCACUAGAAAGGCGUAAAGGUGGAGGGCAUCACAAGAACCAGCAAGGUAGAACACCAGAAAAAUAGCUGAACCAUUUGUCUAUGAAAGGCAACAAAUAGUUGUGUGUUCAAGCAUGAUAUUAGGCAUAAUGGAGACCCUUUACCUUUUUGAAGGCAAAGGGUAACUAUCAAUAUGGACUACAUAAGAAUGCUAAGAGUUGAAGCACAUUAUGGCAAUGGCAACAAACCUCACAGUAAUUGAUUGUCUUUUGUUUUGCUUAAACCUCAUAAGAGAAAAAUAAAUCAAAUAAAUGCCUUACUUGAAGCUCAAAGGGCUGAGGAAAAAAAAAAAAAAGGAGAAAAAGAACCACCACCACCAAGAUGGUCUCACCUUUCAGAUCCAGGCCAGCCAGAAAGGCUGGAAUCAAAUAUGUUUUAAAUCCUUCAGAUCUGUCUUAACAUCUUCAAAAUGCUGCAACUGUGAAGAAAAAGAAGCAGUGACUUUUUAAACCAGUUUUCCUGUAAAACGUAACACUGUAAAUAAACAAGUUUUAAUAUCA